UCUUUUUGCAGUUGUAUGUCAUUUAAUUUAAGGUAUAUCUUGAUCAAAAGAUGCUGGAACUCAGAGGAAAAAAUGGCCGAACUAGAUGAUCAAACCAACGAUCAACAGUUCUGCCUGAAGUGGAACAACUUCCAAGCCAAUAUCACCUCACAGUUCGAAGCUCUGAGGUUCAGUGAGGACUUCACUGAUGUCACCAUUGCUUGUGAUGGUCAGCAACUUCAAGCACAUAAGGUGGUGCUUUCUGCAUGCAGCCCCUACUUCAAAGAGUUGUUUAAGGCUAACCCUUGCUCACAUCCAAUAAUCUUUAUGAGAGACGUAGAAGCGCGACACAUUAUAGCCCUGAUGGAGUUUAUGUAUGUCGGUGAAGUAAACGUUUCCCAAACUCACCUCUCAACUUUCCUCAAGACUGCAGAGUCCUUGAAAAUACGGGGACUUACUGAUACAUCUUCAGAGUCUGAUGUUGUGCCAGAAGAGAAUAGUCUAUACCUCAAGCCUCAAACAAGGUCAACCAGGAACAACGGUCUUCUAGUCAACAAAAACAAACCAAAAACACCACAAAUAUCCUCAACAAGCACCGUAACAUCUAGUCAAGACGUACCUUUAGACGAUCUAAGUAAUAUAUUGAUGCCAAACAGUUCUAGUCCAGCCCCAAAGCGACACUGUAAAUCAGAGACUGAAAUUAGAGUUAGAAAAGAGGAAUCGAUGACUGUGAAUCCUUUUGCCAUACAGGGCGAGUCAAGAAGCCAGCCAGAACUGCUGAAAACUGGUCUGUUUCCUAAAGUUGAACUGCCCGAGUAUAUUAGUGACGAUGAUAAUGAUGCUUCUUCGAAUUUCUACAAUACUGAAAGCAACCUUUUGCCAGGUGGGAUUGAUAUUUUGCCACAAACCGCGAGUUUUUUGAGUAAAGACAUUGGAGCGCCGGAUUUGAGCCAUCCAAGUUUGAGGAUUAGAAGACGCAGAGUUUCGGAUCACUGGUCGCCGUACUCCCUUCAUCAUCAGGGUAACGGUUUUCUGAACGAUUUCGACUCUCCACCGAGGAUUUUUGAUAGAAGGGAACCAGAGAGACGCAGUAAAUUGGUAAAACUUGGAGAAGGCAUUGAGAUUUACGAAGACCAGCUGCGCAGUAUCAAAUGGAGCGACUACAGGAAGCUGACUAGGGGUUUAGCUACAAUUCUGUUCAGUCCUGCUGAGUUAGCUACGUGCUCAGUUACUGGGCAGAGAUGGAGUAGAGCUGGGAGCAGCGAGAGGCCUGUGAAGCCCGCUCUGGAUAGAGCUAAAGUCCAAGCAAUAAUAUCUUAUGUAGCAGAUAGGUUUCCUAUGGUGGAAAUCAGCAGGAUAAAGCAAGUUUUGGCCUACAAAUGCAAAGAAAACUCCACUGCUUUCAAAAUGAAGGCCGUCCGCUAUUAUGGGCAUGAGGAACAACUCAACUCAUUUGCACUGGGAGAAUGAAGAAGUUAUUUUUUAGGAACAACUAGUGAGAAAUAUGUGUCAAAAAAUAUUGUGUUUUAAUUUUAGAUUAUUAAAAAAAAUAAGUGUUUUACCUAUGUUAUAUUUUUAUGGGUUUUAUUAUAACUAACAUAAGAUAUUGUUAUAUUUUAUUUGUUUUUUUUGUUGUUGUCGCUGUUUUACCAUUGAAUAAAAAUGUCUGUCAAAA